AUGACAGUAGUACUACGCAUGCAAAUUAUUUUACUGCUGCUGGUGCUACCUGUGAUAGCAGCUGACUUCACAGCAAUUGACUAUCCACCAAAAGUCAAGGAAUGCUUGAUGUCGGAGAGUAACAUGAACGCCUCGGUAUGUACCGGGGAAAGUAUCGCAAGUACAUGUAUAUCUACAUUUGCCUGGCACAACAAGGCGAAGAUACAUCCAUAUGUCCCUACUAAAGCAGAAGAGGAUUUUAUUCUUAAAAUGUCUGUCAAUCCAAUGCACGAACGAGUUCGACGUGACAAAAGGUUCAAGAAAAGAGGCAGACGAAGGAAGCGAAAGGAAUACAGGCUGUUAUCAAAAAGGGCUCGAGAUAGAUUCCAUAUGUGCUUGAAUCUCUUGAAAAACACCACGGUAAGGAAAAAUGGAGUUAUAUCGCAGUACGACGCAAUUGCUGCGAUGCACAACGCUCAAGUUGCAGGUUCUGCACAUGGUGGACCCAAUUUCCUCGGUUGGCACCGUGUAUAUUUAUUCACACUAGAAAAUGCACUGAGAUCAGUCAGUCGACAGUGCCGGAGAGUAACCUUGCCCUAUUGGGACUGUUCCGCAGAGUACUACAGCGACCAACUCUUCAAUGGAAACAGUGCAAACUCUAUCAUAUUUUCUGACGAUUUUGCUGGAAAUGCGGAUGGUGUGGUCACUACCGGUCCUUUUAGUGACUGGGGAUUGGUCAGAAAUAUCGGGUUUGCUGGGUCUUUAUUUGGUCGAGAUGAAAUCGAUGAUAUGCUGAGCAGGAUAAGUCACGAAGAGAUUACAGUUCCGUUUGCCCAAUCACGGUACAACCUAGAAUUUUACCACAAUAGGAUACACGUGUUUCUGGGAGGGUUUCUUAUGGACAUCAGCCUUGCUCCAAGAGAUCCAUUGUUCUUCCUUCUACAUACUUAUAUCGAUUACGUGUGGGAACUUUUUCGACAAAGCCUAAUAUCUCGUGGGAUUGAUGCUGAAAGGUAUCCCCCGACGGGCGGAUUAGAUUUUCGCCACGCCCCUGACCGUCCAAUGGAAGGGUUCCCGGAGUGGCAAAAUAAGGACGGUUAUCUAAAUGACUGGAACGAUAGAAUUGCACAUUAUAAACCGAGCUUUCAUUGCGAGCAAGAAAGAAAAUGCAGGAGAGGACCUCGUAGGGGGCGUUGGAUCGGUUGCCGCAGGGUGGGCAUUUUCGGGACACAAUGUGUGUCCCUUCCCCAGAGGAACAACCAGGGCGAAACAAGAAGACGGCGUUCAGCAUACGUGAAAGACAAGUCGACUUACACCCAUGUUCAAAUGUGCGACAAAGAAACAUGUCCAUACCAAGAAAGUAGCAUACAGAAUACAUACGCUCUAAAUGAUCAAAUUGAUCCUUCUCUGUGGGUUUACAUCCUUGCCAAGAUUGUUUACGAAAGGUCUCCCGGAUUGAUGUUCAACACAUAUGAUACUUUCACCAAGAGUCACAACAUGGACGUGUUUGAUCCUUCCCGUAAUGAUAGACUGAAUAAGAUGCUGUACACAGGAAAAGCGCGAACUUAUGACUCGUGUCGUAUAAGCAGAACGGGUGCCACUAAAAUUUUUGUCCGAGCUGACGGAAUAAGUUACAGUGGCAAUUCAAUAGAAUAUGCUAUUGUAGACGAGAGAUAUCCUAUUAUGGUACAAAAGGCUUUCGUUCCUAUUAAAGACCCCGGAUAUGAUACUAGCGAAGUCUGUUUAAUGGCUUACGAUGAAUGUGGAAGGAUUUGCCUCCCAACCUGCUUGGUCAAAGAUUCUGAUCCACCUAUGUACGCACCAUGCAGCGGAUGUAUCCGAGUUGACAGUAAAUCUCCAAAACGGUAUGGAAAAACCAUAGCUGACGUCACAGCGGAUCACUGGAUGUUCCACAACUUACAUAAGAAGGAUUUCGUUUGUCCGGAAGAAAUCAAUGAUCAUGUAUUCCUAAAGUUCGUGUGUGAUUCAUCAUCAAUGUUUCCAUGGCAGAGAUUGGGAGAAUAA